CAAGUUAGCUUGCAGUCAUAUGAUCGAUUCGUGACUGUUGGCUCAGAUCGCCGUUCCCUCGGUUCAUUGUAAAGAUGGCUAGCCAAACGCAGGGUAUUCAGCAGCUUUUGGCAGCGGAGAAACGGGCUGCCGAGAAAGUAUUGGAAGCAAGAAAACGCAAAGCCAAGAGGUUGAAGAAGGCAAAGGAGGAGGCUCAGGAAGAGAUCGAACGAUACCGGCAGGACCGUGAAAAACAGUUUCGGGAAUUCGAGGCUAAGCACAUGGGCUCAAAGGAAGAUGUGGCUGCCCGCAUUGACGCUGAUACCAGGGUCAAAAUUGAAGAGAUGAAUCAAGCGGUGGCUGUGCACAAGGAUCCGGUAAUGCACAAGAUAUUGGAGCUUGUGUAUGACAUAAAGCCAGAACUGCACCCCAACUACCGUAUCGAAGCCUAAGUAACGAGAAGUAUCUCGGAACAAAAAAAUCUAUUAUAAAUACUAUAUCAUACAUAUAAACUUACGUGUACAUUAAAAUAUUAUUUCCUCCACACACAUAUAUAUAUAUAUAUAAAUAUAUGUAAGUAAAUCUUACAAACAAUAUAAAUUGUCGUUGGAAAGAAAGAAAAAUAGAAAAAAGCACAGUGGAGUUUAACAUUCGAAGGUUGAGAGAUGACCGAUGCAAAUUUAGGAUCGAUCUUAGACAGUGAUGCUCUAACUUCUAUAAGAAUAAAUAUUCCACCAACACACAGUCACGAACGACAAUAAAUAUUCGAAUAAAAUGAAAGAUGCGUGCACAGAAACGUUAAAAGCUUCGAAAAGUUUGAGAAUCGCUGCAGGUACUGUGUGCGUUGUAAUCGAGAAAACAAAUACGAAUAAAUAAACGUACAGAAUGGUAUUAUAUAUAAAUAUAUAAAUAUAUGUUUAUAUUAUAUAUUGAAAAGGAAGAAAAACAGUAGAGCGUGCUCGUUUCGAUCUGCCAAGGCCUAGGCAGCUCGAUAACGAUUCGCAAUAUCUUACGUUUAAUGAAUACAUACAAAUAUAUAUUCUAGGGUGGUGGCUAUACAUAUAUAUAAAUAAUUAGAUAAAUGUUAGUAGAUCUCAUUCCAUAUUUCUGUUACCACGAGGACUAAUCCAACGAAUUGUAUAAAAAAAACAAUUUUUCUUCGUGUUUGUACAACCUCUCGGGGUUCCCGGAAAAAGCUCCCAAAUUCUUGGAAACCUCGCGACGAUGUCGAACCAAAAUGCCUCCCCCAAUCAUCAAUGUUUCAAAUUUUAUUCUAUUUUACUUAUAUUUCGUUUGUUUGUUUGUUUUUUCGACGAGCUACCCACGAGCGUGAGAAAUUUAUCAGAGUAGCUCUACCUCACACGUGUACACUUUGUCUCUGUAAGCUGGUUGGCUAUCUGUACAGUAUUAGUGUUCCAAAAUAAAAUUAAAAAAAAGAUUCGAAAAAAUGA